AUGUCUCGCCUUGACCAGAUCGUCAAGGGCGCUCCCGCUCCUACUGCGCCUACUCCCGACUCUCUCUCCCGGACGCCCUCGCCGCAUCUCCCCUUCUCCGCAGACGAGCCUGAUUCAAAGCCAGCGGUAGCAUCCGCAACUCCAGACCCGCUCUCCACUCUCCCCUCCUCUCCGCCGCAAAUAUACCUGAACCUCCUCAUUCUCGAGAGCUCUUUGCGCUCGCAGUACCUGGCGCUGCGUGUCCGGAGAAGGCAAAACACAUUUUUUAUCCUGCUACUCGCCCUGUGGGUUACAUACUUCGCAUACGCGCUCUUCUUGCGGCCGCGGGAGGAUGGGGGCGUGGGCGGCUCUGUUUACUGGAUUGUAGAGAUGGGUGAAAAAAUAGCUUUGAUGGGCGGUGUCGUGACUGGAAUUCUGGUCUGGGGAACAGGACAGUGGGAAAGGGGAGUUCGCUGGCCGCGCCGGUGGCUGGGAGUUGCGAAUCGAGGCCUACGGGGCUUCAAUGCGAAGAUAGUGGUGAUUCGGGGCCCGUGGUGGAAGGAGUUUCUCUCCUACAUCUCGUUUGUCUUUCCCUUCUCCGACCUCUUUGCGCCAGGCCCUUCGUUCCACUACGUCGAGCGUCGGCAUGCUGAAGGCCAUGAACGCCAGAGACGUCCUACGUUGACUGGUCGCCACACUUACGAGGAUGAUAGCGAUACUGGAAUCGAAGAAGACAUCUCCCCAGGUGGAGAUUACAUAAAACUACUCUUACUACCCAAAUCCUUUUCCCCUGCCUUCCGCGAGAAUUGGGACGAAUACCGCACCGAAUACUGGGAGCGCGAAAAUGAACGCCGCGCGCGUCUUCGCGAGAAGAUAAAACACCGUGAGCGCCAAUUAGCAAAGCAAGAAGCCGGUUGGUUCCGAUGGGGCCCCUGGCAAAGCUGGAGGCGGAAAAGAAACACCGCAAAGCCUGGCCGUGAGCUGGAAAGGCCUCGCCAUCUCCAUCAUAGUCAUCGACACGCGCAUUCGCGACAUUCCAUAGAUCGUGACCUGAAACCCCGUCGGCCGAACGAUUCGCAUUCAAGAACCUCCUCACGCAGCACGACGCCAAAUCCGUUGUCGGAUGCGGAUGAUAAACUUGCGAAUUCGGAUCGUGAGCGGACGCGGCGUCGCCGUAGCAGUAGUAGCACGGCUACGUCUGGGACCGAACGAAGUCGGAAGAGUAAGUCGCCUUUAUCCGGGGGAACUGGAGGUCGGGCCUUAUCGCCAUUGACACAGAUCGAGUCGCAAGAAGGGGAUGAAAAUGCCGCCAGUAGUGGACUUUGA